CUCCGAGUGUGAGGUUUUGUUGAGACUUGAACUUGUACUGUGUGUGAGGUGUUUGUUUUCUUGCGUUGAAACACUGAGCCGAUUUUUGUUGGGAGUGUUUGGAUAUAUUGUAAUAAAAUCUUCCGUCGUAUGUUUAACAAUAUAUAUUUACUUUGAACUGACAGAGAGCCACUGAAUUAUCUAAUCUGAUCAGAAUGUCUCUCGUGCUGCCAUCUACUGUUGAAGAAUUAAAUCUAUUGGAGUUAAACCUUUUGCGUCCCACAGUGGAAUUUGUUUCUCCUCCUCCUUAUACUAAACCAUCGAAUAAAGGAUUUGAAAAUAUAUCUGUUGAGAAGCGAUAUAACCGUGAAUACAGCUUGCCAAAUGAAGUGGAAAAAUGGAAUAUUCACAAUUACGAUACCUACUUAAAUUUCGAGGAUAACCUGUGUUCUGAUGAGUUCAAGGUCAUCCACUCUGUGGAGGACAGGCUAGUUCCAGAAGGAGAUCAGAGGCAGAGAUGUGAAUCAUUCUCCUCAGUAUCCUCUAGCAUGGAUGAGAAGCCAGUUGUGUUCCAAAACUUUGGUGUGAAGUCUUUCAGUACAGUCCGCAUGGAUUCUGGCUCAACUUGCAUUUCCUCAGAUCAUUCAUAUGUGAGCCCAGGUGCUAGCAUCUUCCAGGGUUUGGAUGUGGAAGAGACAUACCAAAAUCUGGACAUGUUUUUGCAAAAGGACCCACAGCCAUCACUAAAUGACAAUCUUCCCUCACCACUGUCCAGUACCGACAGUAACUUUGAACUCACCAAUCUGCAGAGUAGUUUUUCACUUCAAAAUAGCUGCAGUCAAGACAGUUUCAUUGAAAGGCCUCUUUCAGUCAAGAGACCUGCAGAGAGCCCAAGUGAAGAUGAAUUUUAUGGCUUAAAGUCUGCAAGGUUAAGCUCUUCACCUCCCAGCUACACAGAAGUUCGUAGAAAGAACAAUAUUGCUUCUAAGAAUUGUAGGAAAACAAGAAAAGAAAAACAAAAAGAAAUGGAAGGAAGAGUAAAUGAACUAGAAAAAGAAAAAGAAGAACUUACAGUUAAAGUUCAGAUUCUCGAGGAACUUAUCAAUGAUCAUAAGCGCCAGUUAUUCGCCAUUUUGAAUCAAAGGCGAUAACUAGCAGCCUACUUGUGUAUAAGUCGUACAUGCACAACUAGAAUCACCCUCUGUAGAUAUGAAUUAGAAACAUGACAUAUAAAAUUAUGAUGAAUGUAAUUUAUUACAGAUUUCCCCCCUCAAAUCUAAUUAGCAGCUGUAUUAAUAAUGGCAGCUAUCUGUAAAAAUGCAAUGCAGAGAGUGAUGGCUCAUUCAUAUUUUGUUGUAAUAAUAAAAUCAACUUCAUAUCCAGCUGGUUCUGGUAAUUCAUAUUUCAUUUUUAAGGAUUAAAUAAAUUAUGGAAACUACUGUUGGAAGUAGUAUGCCGGCAUAACAGCAUGUAGUAGUACAUAAGAUCCUUGAUUUUUCACAGUUCAACUUGUACAUAUGUGAUGUAAAUAAAAGAAAUGAGUCCAUGA